CUGAGCCUGGUGGAGAUGACGGAGGUGGAGUACGCGCAGCUGCAGCACAUCCUCUACUCGCACAUGGAGGCGGCGGCUGCCGACGGCGAGUUCGAGAGGCGCCUCAGCUCGGCCUUCCUGGCGGCGGCGGGGGGGCGCGCCGCCCGUGUACCUGGUGCUGUGCCCCCCGCGCUGGCCGUCGGCGGCUUCGCGGGCGCCAGCCCUUGCCUGGGCGCCGUCGACGAGCAGGAGCUGCGCAGCACGCUGCUGAGCGAGGCGGGCGCGGCCCCCGCCGCCCAGAGGACGCCGGGCGCCGGCAAGGAGAACGCGGAGGGCGCGGCCGAGGCGCGGGCCAAGCCGGCCGUGCGCGUCGGCCUGGAGGACCGCUUCAACAGCAUCCCCGCCGAGCCCCCGCCUGGCCCGCAUGGCGCGGAGCCCCGGGAGCCCAGCGUGGCGCUCAGCAAUUUGGUAACUCUUAUUCGCCAUCCAUCCGAGUUAAUGAAUGUGCCUCUUCAUCAGCAGCAAAACAAAUGUACAACAUUGGUGAAAAACAAGACUGCUGCUGCAACGACCGCUUUACAGUUUACAUACCCUCUGUUCACUACCAGUGCUUGCUCUACUAGUGGAAGUUCUAAUCUUUCCCAAACACGGAGUUCUAGUAACUCAUGUUCUAUACUCGAAGCUGCCAAGCAUCAGGAUGUUGGGUUGCCGAGAGCAUUUUCUUUCUGUUAUCGGCAAGAAAUUGAAUCCACUAAACAGACUUUGGGUGGUAGAAACAAAGCUUUGCCGGAGCAGGUUUGGAUUAAAGUCGGAGAAGAAGCGCUAUGUAAACAAGCAAUAAGUAAGAGGAAUGGGAGUAGGAUACGUCAGUUGGACACGCACAUAGAGCGAAGAGCCCUUGGAGAGAUUCAGAACGUGGGCGAAGCCUCCACAGCGGCACAGGGUGCUUGGCCGUCGGCGGAGCCGUCCCAGGCUACCCUCGGGGAGCAGACGCAGAGUGGGCCCCAGGGAGGCAGGUCCCAGCGCAGGGAGAGGCACAACCACAUGGAGAGAGAUAGAAGGCACAGAAUCCGCAUCUGUUGUGACGAGUUGAAUCUUUUAGUCCCGUUCUGCGAUGCCGAGACCGAUAAGGCCACGACCCUGCAGUGGACCACGGCCUUCCUGAAGUAUAUUCAGGAGAGACAUGGAGAUGCUCUUAAAAAGGAAUUCGAGAGUGUAUUUUGUGGUAAAACUGGCAGAAGGCUAAAGCUGACCAGACCAGACUCCUUGGUGACGUGUCCCGCACAGGAGAGUCUACAGAGUAGCCCGGCUACAGAGAUCAAGUGA